CGUCUUCGCCUUUUGACAUAACCUCUUUUGUGCAACAAGAUUUUGGUGGCGUCUGAUUUCACAUAGUUCCGCAUUCUUUCUGUUUUCCCGUGUUCUUUUACGCAAUUAUGGAAAAGAAAAGUGAAGUAGAGGAAGAAAAAAUAGUUCUAGAUCUGUCGAUUGUCAAAGAAGAGUACUGCAUCCAGGAAGAAGACCCGAUUGAGUUCAAUGAUGCAUUUGAGCCCCAGCAGGACGACCCUCAGUCUCAGUCUACUUCGCAGACUACGGAAGCUGAAAGAAAUGGGCCCACUCUAUCUCAGGAUACAUCCACGCAUGCAACAAACUGGAAGACUACAAAAGCUGAUUCAAACUUCGUGGCGUCUCAGAGUCGAGACACAUCCGAGCCUUUGCCUUUAUUGAAGAUUUUUAAAACAGAACCUUACGACGACGACGACGACGUGGCGUCUGACAACACUUUCGUGUUUGCUCAUAUGCUGGAGGCUCUCAUUCCAAUAGCUGAAUCAAUUCUUCAUCAAGAGCAGGAGGAGUACAUGAAGAAGUUGGCUCUUGGGCCAAAUGCACAGAAUUAUGACAAAGUUUGUCUCGGUAAAAUGAAAAUUGAGCAAGAAGAAGAAGAAGAAGAAGUAUACCUGGAUCUUUCUAUUGUGAAAGAAGAGGAAUGUGUGCAGGAAUACAGUGCGUCUAUUGAUAUCGAGGCCUUUCCGAAAUCUCCGCAACGUGAAUUGGGUUUGGAAGCUUUCGUUCCGAACACAGAACCAAGUGACUGUCCGGAAGAGGAGCACGUGCCUUUGAGAACGGAAUUAAAUACUGCUGAGACACAAAUUGCUGAAGGCGCUGAACGCUGUGAAUCUGACCAGGAGAAUGAUGAUAGGACUUUUGAUGAUACAACAUUUGACGAUGCAACUUUUAAUGAAAACCCGGAGGUUCCUGAAAAUCCUCCUCCUGCUGAAAGUCACCCUUUAUUUUUAUGUCAAUUCUGUGGUGCUUGUUACGCAAAGCCUCGCUUGUUGAGGAGGCACACCAAAAAUUGCCGAAAACUUCACAAGCGAAAUAAGCCUGAUUAUUUUGAAUGUGCUACAUGUGGUAAAAAAUUUCGACAAAAGAGUCAUUUGGCCGAUCAUGUGAUCAUUCAUGUUAAAAAUAGGCCAACGCAAAAAUGUGAGUUCUGUGAAAAAUCAUACAAGAUCGGUUCCUCGUUGCGGGGACACAGAUUAAUAUGCAAGUCAAAGAUGUAUCGAGCAGCACCUUCGUCAAGAAUUAUGUCUAUGCGCGCGAGGAAAUUAGCAAAGGAUGUUGAAGAGCAGACACAAUCAUCAGAUCCAGGAGCAGUCAAGCAGAAAAGAAGAAACAAUGUUCAGAAGCAGACACAAUCAUCAGAAUCAGAACAAAUGCAAUUGAAUUUUUCACUAGAAGAAUUGCCAAAAAGCGUAAGCAAUCUUCCUGAAACGGUUGUAACAGAAUCUAGUGAAACACAAAAUGAGAAGGAAAGAGAUAAUUUUGAAUGUCGCAGCUGUGGUAAAAAAUUCAGAUAUGAGCAAACUUGGUGGGAACAUGAGGUUACGCAUCUUGAAGAUAGGCCAUAUGUUCCGUGUGAAAUAUGCGGAGAAGGCUUUUUGAUUGGGACUCCAUAUCGAAUUCAUCUUACAAAAUGCAAAGCAACCCAACGACGUAAGGGAAUUCCACGAAAUGCUGAACCAGUACAAAAGAAGGAAUUGGAUGAUGUUCAGGAAUUACAAGAAGGAAAUUACAGUCUGUCAGAGUAUCUAAGGCGAACGGAAACUGAAGAAUCGGAACCAAGAGAAUCUGAAGAAGCAAAACCAAGUGAACCAGAAGAAUUACAAUCGGCCGAAAUGCCAAGAGUUCCUAACAUCAAGAAAUGUUCAAUGUGUGGAAAACGGUUUAAGAGUGUACAAUGUGUGUUGGAACAUGAACUUAUCCAUAUGGAAAAUAGACCAUCGGUUACGUGUCAGAAAUGUGGAAAGUGUCUUCUGAUUGGAGCUGGUUUUCGGAGGCAUGUGCUGAGCUGCGUUGGUGAAUUUGAUUAUCGGUCACUUAUUCACAUUGUUGAGCCAAAAUAUCAGGAUAUCCUGAAUAAACUUCAGGACAUCAUAGAACAACGGGCUAACCUGUCGAAGUCCACAAAGUCGAACGAAUCCGAAGCCCCGCAAUCAACUGAAUAUGAAGAGCAGCAAUCAAUAGAAGAAGAACAAGUGCAACCAACUGAACAUGAAGCACUGCAACCAAUGGAAGAAGAACAGCAACCAAUUCACUACAAUGAAUCACAAAUAAAGGUACUACGAGAAUUGGGAAGGGGCUUCAAGUGCCGAACUUGUGGCUCCAUGUUCAAGAGUCGACAAUCUUGGAUAGAGCAUGAAUUAAUCCAUUUGAAAAACAGACCCUCUAUUGCGUGUAAGAAUUGUGACAAGAAGAUUUUAUUUGGAACUUCUCUUCGAAAGCAUUGGCAACAGUGCGUUGGGACUUUUGAUUAUGCAGUAUUUGCCCGAAAUCUUGGUCCUGAAUAUGAGGAGAUGUUCAGAUAUUUUCUGUCAUCGAAGCCUUUUAUAUCAGCAAAUUCAAAUUCUGAUCCUCCUGAACCACCAACGUCAACUGAAAGUGAAAAACCACAGAUAACUGAAUACAUAUCGAUAGGGAAUGUCCGGAAGUGCCGCACUUGUGAUAAACCGUACAGGUCUGUUCAAACAUUGAGGGAACAUGAAUUGACUCAUCUUAAAAAUAGACCUCGCGUUCCAUGCAAGUAUUGUGGAGCGUACUAUCUGUUGGGAGGUUCUCUACGGAUCCACAUGCAACAAUGCAUAGGUAGACAGGGUAGACAACGAAAGGAUUUAGUACAGAAAGGUGACCUCGAAACAGUUGAAAAGUCGCAAUUGAAGGAAGAAAACUCUAGUCUUGGUUUUGACAGUGGAAACAUUAGUCAACCAGACUUUGUCAAAGAAGACUACAAUCCUACUGAGUUCGCCACGGAAGAACCAAAAUCGAUAGAAUCCCAAAAUGAUCCAAUUUUCAAAUGUUCCACCUGUGAUAAAGUAUUCCUAUUGAAACGAACCUUAGUGGAACAUGAAAUAAUCCACAUACAAAACCGACCUCGUAUUCCAUGCAAAAAGUGUGGAGUUAUGUAUUUGAUGGGUUCUUCUCUCAGGACUCAUCAGCAAAAGUGUUUCCGCUCACGUACAGGGAAGGUACUUUCACGAAAUCUUCGACGUGCUCAAGAGAAGAAAAUGGCUGAACAUCAAAUGGACGAGAAAACAAUUCCCAAUCUUACUGAAACAAGUCAAAAGGACUUUGAAAAAGUAAUCAAACCCGAAUUGGAGGAAGACUUAAUAUGUACGACUUGUGGCAAGCGUUUCAAAACAAAACAAUCAUGGAAAGAACAUUCAUUCAUCCAUCUUGAGAAUCGACCUCGUGUUAGGUGUGCAAAAUGUGGAAUGUCGGCCCUGUUGGGAUCACCAUUUCGGCUUCAUGUUCAGAAAUGCUAUGGGAAAGAUCAGUUUUGGAAACGUCCUAAAAAUAUCUCUUCUGCACAAAAGAGAAGUACAAGAAAUCUUCUAUCAAAGUUUGAAGAGGUCAAUGGUGAUGAACCAGAUGAUAGUAUGGAAGCCGUACAUGAAAAGACUCCUCCAGAGACAGUUGAGGAUCCCCCAGAGGAAAGUUUUGAUCCACCAGAUCUACCUGAAGUUCCUGAAGUUACUAGUGAACCCAAGAAAAAGAUCUUCCAGUGUAGUUACUGUUGGAAGGUGUGCUAUCGAAAGGAUAAUUUAGCUCAUCAUAUCGUUACACAUCUAAAACAUCGAUCCUACAUUACAUGCAAAUUAUGUGGCACUGAGUUAUUGGAGUCUUCUAUGUGGUCGCAUCGGAUGAGAUGUAAUGAGAAUUCACGGCUUCCUUACAAACCAAAACGUGCAAGGAGACCACGUAUUAAGAAACGUUUUGGAUCACCAAAGAGAAUUCAGAAGACUGUCGCUACUAAAAGACGCCAAAAUCUCAUUCCAGCCAAAUCUGCAUCUGCAUUUACGUGUGAUAAUUGUGGAAGACAUUUUAAGUUGAAGCACUUCCUUCGUGUCCAUCGAAGGACAUGUGGUCAAACUCAGAUAGUUCCAAGGGAAGAUCCAGUACCAGAAGAACAACCAAGUGAGCAGAUGGAGCAGAUGGAGCAGAUUGAAGAAAGAGGCAAGAAGCACAAGUGUUCAACUUGUGGUAAAGCAUUUAAUAGGAGACAAGCAUGGAAGGAACAUGAAAUAACCCAUCUUAAAACCAGACCACUACUCAAGUGUGGUAAAUGUGGAGUGUCAUAUCUUAUGGGAUCGCCAUUUCGAAAGCACUUUGCCAAAUGUACUGGUCGCCCAAAGCGUGGGACUCCUUCGUUAAAAUUCAAUGGAUCGAGAAAGGAUCUUCAAGACAAACGUCAGAAGACAAUAAAAAGUCCUACUAAGAAAAUGUCGAAACGAUCAAAAGAGGCCAUCCUCAUCGAAAAAGGAUUCAACUAUAAGUGCUCUAUUUGCGGUAAGAGAUACAAAGGAAGAACAGAUUGCAGCGAACAUGAGUUGACUCAUCUUCAAAAUCGACCUCUUUGUAAGUGUGAUAAAUGUGGAGUAUCAUACUUCAUGGGAUCGUAUUUCCGGAGACAUCAGAGGCUUUGCGAUGGUCAACCUCGACGUGGAACAGUUCUUGCUACGCCAGAAGGGAAACGAUCGGAAAACAAUGCUGUAGAACAUCCGAAAACAAGUCGAACUGUUCCUCAGCCAGUUCAGAAGAAAUCUGAUAGCACUAACGAGAAGCGGAAGAAGUUGAUAAUUAAAUGUGCAACUUGUGGUAAAAGAUUCAACCACAUACAGAAGUUGAAGGAUCACGAAGUGAUUCACCUUAAGAAUAGACCACUUGCUAAGUGUCAUAAAUGUGGAGUUUCAUACUUUGUUGGAUCUUAUCAAAGGAUGCAUGUAAGGAAGUGCAACGGUGAACCACGACGAGGAACGGAUCCCAAGAGAAUUGCACAGUUAAAAGUCAAAACUGAUGUUAAGGAUCAACCGAAAUCAAGCAGCAGUCGUGGGAGAGUAGUUCGAAAGCAAGCUCAAGAAAACAAAGUUAGCCAGUCGAAGAUAGUUCGGAAGCAAGUCAAAAAAGUCAAGUCAAACCGUAAGCCAAGAAAUUACAUUCACAAAUGUGCUACGUGCGGUAGAUCAUUUGAUCGACCACAACUAUUGAAGGACCACGAAUUUCUUCAUAUGAAGAAUAGGCCGAUGAAAAAAUGCGAUAAAUGUGGUGUUAAAUAUUUGAUGGGAAUCUACCUGCGGAAGCAUAUGCAAAAAUGCACUGGUCAACCUUUACGUGGUACACCUCUUGCAAAAGUUGAAAAGAAGAAGAAGGCUAUUCAAGAGAACUCGAAAUCAAGAAGUCCACCCAAAAGAGUUCAGUCUCCACGUAAAGAACCCGAAAGAAAAAGUCAGAACAAUAUGAUGUACAAAUGUUCAACUUGUGGUAAAUCAUUCAGACAAUUACUUCAAUAUACCGAGCAUAAAUUGGUACAUCUUAAAGAUAGACCUCUUGCUGAAUGUCCUUCAUGUGGAGUUUCAUAUUUGAUGGGAUCUUCGUUUAGGAGGCAUAUUAGCCAAUGCAAUGGUAGUCCUAUGCGUGGGACACCGCAGAAAAAACUAGAUGAGCAAAGCAACGGUUCCACAUUGAAUGAACAUCAAACGACAAUCAGUCGUCCGAUUGUGCCAGUGAGAGAACCAGAGAGAGCAUUCAAAUGUGCAAUUUGCGAUAAGAUAUUUCAGCAAAAGGAAAAUUUAACUGCACAUAUGAAUACUCAUGUUCAUCUCCAAAAUACUUCACUUAUUCCAUGUGAACAUUGUGGCAUUCCCUAUUUGGAGUCCUAUCUUCGAAUGCAUAGAAAGAUAUGCCAGGGACCCACAGAGAUACUUGCACCGCUUCCCCAAACAGAAGCACCCGUUACAGAAAAGCCCCAAGAAGCCAAAAAGACGACCCCAAAGUUUAGCUCCAGAAAAUAUGAAUGCCCAGUUUGCUUUAAAAUAUUCGGCCAUAAGGGGUCGCUACAGAAUCACAUGUCUGUCCAUAGAGACAGACGCCCUGACAUCUCAUGUGAAAAAUGUGGAACUUCUUUCACAAUGCUUCAAAGUUUACGGAGGCAUCAGAAAAAGAAUACUUGUCAAUAUCAAAAAAAUAAGGUAAGUGCCACUUAUACGUCACAAGUCACGAAUGACGCUAGAAAGGAGCAAUAAGGUGGCUAAGUGAAAAAACGAAUUAUUCGUCAGUACAUUAAAAGCAUUGAUAAAAAUUAUACCUAUAAAAUCUGAUUUUUAUUAUUACUACCUCUUUAUAAGUUGUUUAGUUUUAAAAAUUAAUUGUAGCUAGGAUUGAUUUUAAUAAAUACCUUUUUUAUGAAAAGGAUAAAAA